AUGGCCACUCUUGAUACCCUCAAGCGGGCUCUUAGGCAAGAAUCCACCGCGAUGGGGUCAUUGCCGAAGCAGUCAUUGUCUGACAGACAGUACAGCGAUGGUUUGGACAUCUUGCAGCAGGGCAUAGGAUCGAUGACUUACCGAGACUUUAUCAUCCCUCAGCUUUCUCGGCUCGUAGCUCCUCUCUUCCACUCGCAUGUCAACAUUUCGGUGCUAGAAAUCGGACCCGGCUUGAGGAGCGUAUUUGGAUGUCUGCCAGGUCAUCUGAGACGGAGAAUCAGGAGAUAUGCAGCAUUCGAGCCCAAUGAACUCAUUGCUACGAAGUUGGAAAAAUGGUUUUGCUCGACAUCAGAGACGGAAGCCCCGCUGCCCUGUCUGGAAAGUCCGCCUGAUAUCCGUCGGGUUUCAUUCGACUUAGCCAGCAAUGAUAUUAGCGGUACAAGUUCUGACACGCAUGAGAGCAAGGAAAAGUUCGACGUCAUUCUAUUCUGUCACAGCAUGUAUGGCUUGAAGUCCAAAGCCAGGUUCGUUGAGCGAGCGCUGGAAAUGCUUGUUGGGGGUCCGAAGGGGGAAUGGUGGUGGUUUUCCACCGCGACAAGCCCCUGCGGCUCGACAGACUAG